GCAUGAAAAAAAUCCGAGCAAUAUCCCCAAGGUCGAUACCUUCCAUUUUUGUGGGGAGAGAGUUUCAGAAUGGCUGGAGAACAAGCUCUGGUCGGGCGGUCAGAUGUUGUAAAAUUUCAUCGCAUUCUCCAUUACGUUCUCCACAGCUACCACCAAGAAGUGAAGAAAGUUAUAGAUGCAGCCCAAGGUAGUUGGGAAAGAUUCAAGGAGGGAAUGCAGAGGAAGUACCGCCUGGGAGAUGGACUGUUGACCACUGCGGACCUCGAGGCAAUGAACAAAGAGGAUUUUAGGACGAUAGGGGCUUUUGUUCAAGAAUUUAAGAAGAGGGCGCGGAAGGUCCAUGGGAUUUCGGAGGAAGCACAGUGCGCCAUCUUCCUCGGACUACUCACGACAUCGGAGGCCGUCGAGUUGACGAGGCAUGGAGGAGGUAGCACCAUGCUCACCUGGGCCACUAUUGACAGAGGGGUGGAAGUUGGAUGUUUGGACCAGGUGGAACAACGUCAGGUACGCCUGCAAAGGCAGAAGAGAAAGGAAAGAGAUGCGACCGCUUCUAGGACCCCGGGGGUAACAAGGAUUGUUACAAACGUAUUGGCACAGCUGGGGUAUGCGACGGAGCCGGUGGUGCAAAGGAGGGUAGUAACAGCUGUCCAAGUGAAAGGAACGGAGCCGGUGAUAGAGGAGGUUGUGCAGGAGGAGCUCUGGGAAGAGGAGGAGCCGGUGCCGCAACGCGUGACGAAGGCCCAGCGCAAAGUACGUAAUUUGGCGCAGGGCGGACAGGGAUCAGGGAAGGCGCAGGCGCCUCAGGUGGUGGUGGCGGCUCCUCCAAGUGUGGCGGCGCCCUCAUUAUGGCAGGAAAAGGAAGAACCACCGAUUGGGGUAGAGGAAGUGGGGAGCGACGAGGAAAUAACUCAAGGGCCACGAGGAGGAAGCAAGAGGGAAGAACCCAUAAUCAUCGAAUCGGAUGACGAGGACGAGGAAAGAAGGAUGGAGUCUCCGUCCGUCUUAUUAGGGAAGAUGGAGGAUUUGUUGGACAAGGUGGGAAGGUACCAACAGAAGUUGGAGGCCCUUUGUGAGGAGGUGAGGGAAUGGAAGUCUAGCAUCCCUAAGGCGUUCCUGUACGACUCCAGCCCGGAGUCAGUGCCUGGGCGACCCGGAGUAAAUGUGGUAGGGUCAAGCCCACAGUCGGGGGUGAUGGGGAGACCCCUCACCCUGCAGGCCCGGCUAGCACAAGCAGCGCGAACGAGGAAUCAAGCCAAGGUCAGUGCCAGCCAAGAGCCUCCGAGGAGGGAGCCCGAACCGGGAAAAAGGAAAGAGGCCGUGGAAGUGGAGGAGGAUGAUGAUGAAGAGGAAGAAGACGAGAGGCUGCGCCGAGAAGAGGAUCAGAGAGCGGAGCAGCGGGCAAGGAAAAAGGGGACCAGGGAAGAGGCCGAGCCGGUCAUACGUGACGGACCACCCAAAAGGAAGAAGUACGCGGUUCGAUUGGAAGAGGGAUUUGACGUAGAGAAAGUGACCGACCGGCUGCUGGAAGGGCAUAAUGACCUCAUGACCCUGAAGGAAAUACUAACGUCAGCCCCGCGACUCCGCGAUGAAUUGAAAGGGAGGUUGUCGCGGCGCUUGGUGCCCAACGUCCAUUUGGGUACGAUCCUGCCCAAGGAGGCAGAGUGGGCGGAGUCGGGCACGAAAAUGGAUUGGAAGUGCGUGGCCUGCGGCACGGUGGACUUAGUGGUGAAAGGCUCCAAGUGCGCAGCGAUGGUGGAUACCGGGGCGGAAAUGAACAUCAUCCGGGAGGCGGAUUCUAUCAGAUUCGGGCUAGACAUAGACCGAUCUGACUGCGGUAUUUUGCACGGCGCCAACUGCAAGGCCGUGUUUUGUGGGACAACCUCGAAUGUACUCAUCAAGGUUGGAAAGAUGAAGGCCCGAGCUUGCUUCUUCAUCAUGCCGGACGUGGACCAUGGGAUCCUCCUAGGGAGGUCAUUUUUGAGUAGGACAGAAACCGUGAUGUUCAACAAGCAUGACGGUACUCUGAUCCUCCUCCUAUGUGACCAUGCCUGCAAGAAUUACGAGAUAAUUACCUGCAGGAAUACAGGACCGAGGAGUAUAAGGAACCGGCCCAACCCGGGAUCCUUCACGAUCGAAGAAUCGGAAGGCAAGCGCCGAAGACUUCGGGCGGAGCCGGAAGGAGAAGAAGAGGUGAAAGCAUUUUCCCUUAGCCUAUCGGACGUCGGAAAGGCCAUGGAUUUAGUGGCCGCACAUGAGAUGGUGGAUCCGGAUGCCAUCCAGGCCUUGAGGGAGCAAGUUCUGGAAUGCCUUGAGGCUGGGAGAUUGGAGCUGGUAUACCGUCUUCCGGGCGGAAGAAGGAACCCCGCGUCCGCGCCGGCGCAAUCUGAGCGGAUAUUGAUGAUGGAGUUGAUGAAGAGGAGGCAUCGCGCCUAUGCGUUCAGUGACGAGGAGCGUGGCAGGCUGGAUGUGGAUAAAAUACCUAUGAUCCGCAUCCACACUGUGCCACACGAGCCUUGGAACAUGAGAGGGGCGCGAUAUCCUAAUCCUGACGAGGAGAAGAAGGUGGUGGAUUACCUCGACGACAAGAAACGUACGCACGUCGCCGAUUAUUCGAGUGGGCCGUAUGCGUCCCCGUGAUUCUGCUUCAUCAAACCUAACGGGACGCUGCGUGGGUGCAAGAUUUGCAGAGGCUGAAUGCAGUAACCGUGCGGGAUGCUGGAGGACUUCCAAAUGCGGAUGCUCUGUCAGAAUCCUGUGUUGGAAGGCCUUUAAUCUCACUUAUAGACCUUUACUCAGGAUAUGAUCAGUUUCCAGUCUACCCGCCGGAUAGGCCAGUGACGGCAAUGCACACGCCGAGAGGACUAAUCCACAUGAACGUGGCCCCACGAGGGUGGACCAACGCGGUAGCAAUGGUCCAACGGACCAUGAUUCGGACUAUGCAGUCAGUUAGCCCUCAAAUCAAACAGUCAUACAUCG